GAUAAAUACAAGGUCCUGGCCAGCAGAGAUCAGAGUCUGACAGCCUCACAGAGUGGAUAUAUCCUUAUCACAGCUGUGACCGUCUGUCCUUACUCCAGAGAUGGCACCAACCACCCUCAUCAUACUCCUUGUCGCUUCCAUGUGCACUAUCCACCAAGUGACUUUCGCUCAUCAGACGGCAUCUGACUGCUGCCUGAGCACCAAGGACAAGGCGAUUCCCUACAAAAAUGUGAAGUGCUAUAUCCAGCAGACUACGACACAGGGCUGCUAUAUCAAUGCCAUUGUAUUUCUCACUCAGAAGCACAAGCACCUGUGCGCCCCAACCAACUCACCAUGGGUAAAAGAGUUAAUGGCAAAACUAGACAAAAACAAGCCACACCUCAAGAAAUACUGUAGCCGCUAAAUACUCCUGACCAUGUUGGAGGUGCCGGAGGACGAUGACGAAGAAGGCAUAAUCGAUAGAGGCCGGCCUUGCUGUUCUGUGCCCACUUCCUGCAAUGAUGUGAAUCCGCUUCCAUUCUUUACUGCCUGUAGUCACCAGUUCACUAUAUUCUAUGCACUUUUACUUAUUCUUCCAGUAUCUAUGGUACUGGAAGCUAAAUAAGAACUUUCCUAUAAACCUCAGUACAGUACUAAAUAUUAUGUCAUUCAUUAGCCUAGCUAUGUUUUUUCCUCCAUUUUAUAAAAUGACAACAUAGCAACUGUAAAUUACUGUAACGUGCUUUAUUUCCAUGUGAGUUUGCAAUAAUAGCAUUGGAUCUGUAAGCCAAACCUCUUGCUCAUUCGUGCUGUAGCUUUCAAGUACUAGGGUUGAACCACUUCUUCAGGAUUUUAAAGAGCCAAAUCAUCUUGUCAAAGGGUUAUAUAGACAGUGUCUUAAAGGGGUUGUCCACUUUCUGGUUAAUGUUGACCAAUGUGUUUUUGAGAUGAUUAUAUGGCACUUACUAAUAUAGCCUUUGUUUAAAUUCUGCACCAUUUUCUAUAUUUUAUCAGGUAUGCUCCCUCAUUCACAAAGUCUUUUGUUCUGUCCACACAGAGGUCCUGUCCAUAAGAUGGCCGCCGAUGGAGAGUCAUGUGACCAGGCAAAUCACUCUGUGUGAUGUUUCCUCUAUUCAAACACAUUGCACUAAACUCUCAACACUGCAAGUACAGAUGGCAGGUGCAGUGAAUUCGAAUGGAGAAAGCAUUGCAUGGAAGUGAUUUGCUUGGUCACAUGACCCUCCAUUAGCGGCCAUUUUAAGGGCAGGACCACUGUGUGGACAGCACAAAAGACUUUGUGAAAUAGGGAGUAUACCUGAUAAAAUAUAGAAAAUGGUCCAGAUUUUCAACAAAGGAUAAAUUAGUAAGUGCCAUAUAAUCAUUCCACAAACACGUUGGUCAAAAGUAAGCAGAAAGUAACUAACAUGGUUUAACAAUGCUUCAUUUGACACUGCCAGACAUGGGAGAUUUAUCAUGGUGGUGGAAUUUUUUAAGUCAGAUUUUCUUGAGUGCAUUGUAAUAUUUUGCUCUAAUUUGUUUGAUAAAAUUGUAAAUUUGGUGCAUAGUUAAAGAAUCUGUCUACAGAUUAAACACUAUUUUUUUUUAUACCACCCCCCUACUGCCGUAAGAUUAUGACUUUCUUGCUCUGAGAGGUGUUGAUAACUCUGGUGGACACCCAAUUAACAUAGCCCACUUUCCGAGAGUGAUGCGAAAUUGCAAAAAGUCUAAAUUAAAGUAAAGUUAGACUUUUGGUGCAAAUGGAACAAUCAAUUCCCAAAGGGAGUUCUCUAAUGGAUAGAAUGACACAUUCAGGAUACAAUAUACUUAUAAAACCUUGAAAUCUAAUUGACCGAAAGGGGUUGUACUGGAUUAGAAACAUUAACUAAAAUUAAAUUAAAAACAUUGCUAAAAAACAGUGUCACACUUGUUCAUGGGUUGUGCAUGGCUUCGCAGCUCAGCCCCAUUCACUUCAGUGAGCUACAACCCUUUUAACUAAAUUUCACCUAAAAUCCACACCUAGUGCAGGCCACUGUAACAUCUCUAAGAAUGCAGUCUAUCCAUGCACUGAAGAGCGAUUGUGAAAUCUGUCUAUUCACUAGAGAGAAGGCAUCAUUGAGACUGAAGCCUAAAGGAUGGUAACAUCACUGAAAAUGCAGCCUAUCCAGCCAACAGAGACCAGCUUCACAUUGAUUUAGAGAUUGGUGACAUCACUAGGAAUGCCACUUACCUACCGUAUUCACUAGGGAACAACAGUGACAUCACACAACCUCACUAAUGACUUGUUCACAUGUGUCCCAGUCAUUUCCUUUGUUCUGCUCACCAUUGAACAACAAAAAUGACUGAAGCAUGGAAUACAUCACAUGGCGGACAUCAAUGGCACUAAACAGCCCCCAGCAAAAAUAAUGUUAUUUCAUCAGAAAAAAAUAGCUCAGUACACUGGACUAUUUUAUCCAGCAUUUUUAACACUAUCUGCAAUGGAUGUGAGCAUACCCUUAUACUGCAGUAUCUCUAGAGACUAGUGAUGUUUUCCCACUCCCGAAAGACUCAGUUAAUUGAUUGGCUUCACUUUCCUGACUGUGGGAGGUAGAUACUUUUGGCUUGAUGAUUUAAGCUACAUUCAGUCCAUCUCUUGUAUUCGGCCAUUUUGAAAUGCAGUACUAAGUCACUUUAAUUUUGUAAGUAAUAAAAAUGAAAAAAAAAAUAAUGAUAAUCAUUGACUAUCAACAGUGAAGAUUUAAUGAUUGUAAUGAUAUAUAUUCUUUAUUAAUAUAUUUUUAUAUAGGAAUUUAUGGUGUUUUCUUCAGAAUAAUGUUUCAUUAUCAUCUGGAUUACUUGGUAGUUUUGGUUUACAGAAGAGGUUUGGAAUGUACAGUAUCUCUGAGGCCUCAUUAAUUGCUCUAAAAGGAGACAAGCCAAGACCUUCUGGGCUUUCUAGUAGGGACUUUGCCUCAUUCCUCAAGGUCAGUAGGAUAAAUACCUCGUGCCACAUUCUUUCCAUUACUCUUGAGCAACCAGCUCUACCUGUGCAAAAACCCUUUAAUACAUUGGUAUUACUGUAGAUCAUCUUUCCUUUGCACAUAACUGGUGUCCUCUAGCCGGUUGGGUACAUACAUUAUCGGUCUGGCUUGUUUCUGAGGCAACUUCAAAAUUGACUUGAUAUAAUGACUCCCUCAGCUAUACAUAUUGUAGUCUUGACUAUUUCCCCCUUACUCAUGGUUGACAGCUACUUACCAUUCACAUUCCUUCCUUCUGAUAUACCAAAGCCAAUUCAACUCUUGUUUGAUGAUAUGCAGAAUAAUGCGAUUUGGGAAUAAAUUAUUAUUUUGUACUGUCUAGUUGCAUCUGAAUCUGACUUGGGUCUACUAUUUGGGCUUGUCAGUGACCUGAUCCUAUGAUCUCUAUAUUUUCCUUUUCGACUGUUUGAAACAUUGUUAUUUCCAACAGGUUGCGUCUUUCAAUCAACUUAGAUGAUGUUAGAGAUUUUGCCUGACUCUUGUUUUUUUAUUUUUUUGUAUGUACAGAAUGGUGGCCCUCUAGGAAAGACUGCUCUAACAUUGUAAUAGUACGAUCUGAACCUCUAUAACUUUGAAAUUGUAAAGUUUCAUUUAAAUUCUGCAAUUUUUUAACCAAGUUAUCCCCAAAUCGCUCUUAGUCAUAUCUGUUCAGCAGCCAUUGUUGGUUUAUUUCCAAUUCAGACCUGAUAAGACAUGACGUUUCCAUGUAAUUAGAAUUAUAACCUGGCACUUAUUAUUUAGUUCACUAGUAAAUGGAUUCUGAUUGAAUGGAAACCAACUCUUUUCUGUACAAUGGAUGGUGCAUAAAGGACAUCAAUGCAUUUUACUCUUACAAGCUUAAGGCAGCUCAGCCAAGUCUAUCCAGAUAGAGAGUGACAUAAUGUGUUUUUUUUUAUUAUUAUAUUUUUAUGGUGUUGGGUCUUUUGUAUAUUAAAAGUGAUUUAAAGUAAAUAAAACUAAAAAAGUA